UCUCGCGCUCCCGCCCCCGCUCCCGCCCGCACACAGCGGCGCGCUCAUCCGCACACGCCUGCCCGCUCCCGGGCCGCCCCGGCGCGGGGCACAGAGGCGAGGACCCGGUGGACAGAGCGCGCCCCGCGCCCGCGCCCGCGCCCGCGCCCACCCCACCGCCUUUGCGCUCCGCAGCGGCGCGUCGCGCCCGGCGCCCCCGCCAGUCCUGCCAGAAGAUGGUCAACGACCGGUGGAAGACCAUGGGCGGCGCUGCCCAACUUGAGGACCGGCCGCGCGACAAGCCGCAGCGGCCUAGCUGUGGUUACAUGCUGUGCACCGUGCUGCUGGCCCUGGCUGUGCUGCUGGCCGUGGCUGUGACCGGUGCUGUGCUGUUCCUGAACCACACCCACACGCCAGGCACGGCACCCCCGCCUGUCGUCAGCACUGGGGCUGCCGGCGCCAACAGCGCCUUGGUCACUGUGGAGAGGGCAGACAGCUCCCGCCUCAGCAUCCUCAUCGACCCGCGCUGCCCCGACCUCGCCAACAGCUUCGCACGCCUGGAGAGCGCUCAGGCCUCGGUGCUGGAGGCGCUGACCGAGCACCAGGCCCAGCCACGGCUGGUGGGUGACCAGGAGCAGGAGCUGCUGGACACGCUGGCCGACCAGCUGCCGCGGCUGCUGACCCGAGCCUCAGAGCUGCAGACGGAGUGCAUGGGGCUGCGGAAGGGGCAUGGCACGCUGGGCCAGGGCCUCAGCGCCCUGCAGAGCGAGCAGGGCCGCCUCAUCCAGCUUCUCUCUGAGAGCCAGGGCCACAUGGCUCACCUGGUGAACUCCGUCGGAGACGUCCUGGAUGCCCUACAGAGGGACCGGGGGCUGGGCCGGCCCCGCGCCAAGGCCGACCUUCAGAGAGCGCCUGCCCGGGGAGCCCGGCCCCGGGGCUGUGCCACUGGCUCCCGGCCCCGAGACUGUCUGGACGUCCUCCUAAGCGGAUACCAGGACGAUGGCGUCUACUCUGUCUUUCCCACGCACUACCCGGCUGGCUUCCAGGUGUACUGUGACAUGCGCACGGACGGCGGCGGCUGGACGGUGUUUCAGCGCCGGGAGGACGGCUCCGUGAACUUCUUCCGGGGCUGGGACGCGUACCGAGACGGCUUCGGCAGGCUCACCGGGGAGCACUGGCUAGGCCUCAAGAGGAUCCACGCCCUGACCACACAGACUGCCUACGAGCUCCACGUGGACCUGGAGGACUUUGACAAUGGCACAGCCUAUGCCCGCUACGGGAGCUUCGGCGUGGGCUUGUUCUCUGUGGACCCUGAGGAAGACGGGUACCCGCUCACCGUGGCUGACUAUUCCGGCACUGCAGGCGACUCCCUCCUGAAGCACAGCGGCAUGAGGUUCACCACCAAGGACCGUGACAGCGACCACUCAGAGAAUAAUUGCGCUGCCUUCUACCGAGGCGCCUGGUGGUACCGCAACUGCCACACGUCCAACCUCAACGGGCAGUACCUGCGUGGUGCCCACACCUCCUAUGCCGACGGCGUGGAGUGGUCCUCCUGGACCGGCUGGCAGUACUCACUCAAGUUCUCCGAGAUGAAGAUCCGGCCGGUCCGGGAGGACCGCUAGACCGGUGCACCUUGUCCUUGGUCCUGCUGGUCCCCAUCGCCCCAUCGCUGACCCCACCUCACUCCUUCGUGAAUGUUCUCCACCCACCUGUGCCUGGCGGACCCACUCCAGCAGGGAGGGGCUGGGCCAUCCCUGACACGAACCCCCUGGGCUGGUGAAGUCACACAUCACCUCACCAUCCCCACCCACUCCAUUUGGCAGCUAACUGAUCUCUUGCCUCUGUUGAUGGGGGCUGGCAAACUUGAUGACCCCAACUCCUGCCUGCCCCCACUGUGGCUCCCGUGCUGUUUGCCGUCCCCUGGCCAGGAUGGUGAAGUUUGCCCCAGGCAACCCUCUGCUCUGUCCACCCAAACACCUGGCAUUAUGGGGACAGAGAGCAGGGGGCAGACAGCACCUCCGGAGCCCUCUUAGUGGAUUGUGUGGAACGUCAGGUCUCUCUGAGGUCAGGUCUGAGGCCAGUGUCCUGCAGCCCUUCCAGUGCCAACCCUCACCCCCAUUUCCCUGGUGCCCAGAUAACCCACCUCUCCCCCCAGGGCCUCGGCCUGGCUGUGGGCUGGGUGGCCCCAUCCUACCAUGCCCUGAGGCCAAGAAGGGGAGCUGCUGCCUUUGGGGACCCAUGCUCCAAGGCUGAGACCAGUUCCCUGGAGGCCACCCACCCUGUGCCCCGGCAGGCCUGGGGUCUCCAGUCCCCUUACCUGCUGUACCCACCUGCUCUCUGUCUCAAAUGAGGCCCAACCUCUCUCCCACCAUCCCAUCCCAUUUCUCCUGCCUCUAGAAGGUGGGUGGGACCCUGCACUGUGGGGCUGGGCUGUGCUAAUGGGAAGCUCUUGGUUUUCUGGGCUGGGGCCUAGGCAGGGCUGGGAUGGGGCUUGUACCACCCCCACCACCAAUUUCCCAGGGACUCCAGGGUCCUGAGGCCUCCUGGGAGGGCCAUGGGGGCGGCGACCCCCUCCCUGAGGCCGCUGUCUUCAUGGGGAGGCCAACUCCUGCCAGUGACUGUGGCCAUCUGGACCCAGGCCAGGCCCAGCGAGUGGUCAAGGGGCAGGGACCACGUCACUGGGCAAAUGGGGUCGAGGGGACUGGGGCACCAGACCAGGCACCACCUGGACACUUUUUUGUUGAAUCUUCCCAACACCCAGCACGCUGUCAUCCCUGCUCCUUGUGUGCGCACACGCAGAGGUGAGACCCGCAGGAUCUCAGGACCAGCAGCUGCAAGGGCAGGGCUGGAGCCGGGUCCUCGGCUUUCUGCUCAGCAGCCCUGGACCCGCCUGCAUUAUUGCGUCAGGCCCAGGUGCAGGGCGGUUUUUCCAAGGCACCCUGAUGCAGGGCCUCUGAGAGGGCUGGAGUCAGCCUAGGGGAGCUGCCCAGCAGCCCCUCCUCAGGCAGGAGGGGAGGUGGCUUCCUCCAAAGGACACCCGAUGGCAGGUGCCUGGGUAGUGUGGGGUUCCGUUCUCCCUUCCCCUCCCACGAAAGUUUGUGCUUAAAAAACAAUCCAUUUGACUCGGCACCACUAGGGGGGCGGUGGGAGAGGCCGUGAGACCUGGUGUCUGUUCCAGCGCCACCAGGUCACCCACAUGCG